UCAGCCUAGCAUCUCCGCUGAAGAUUGGGGCAGAGUCAAGGGGAGGAAAGGGAUUAGCCAGCGAACAGUGCUGCUUCUUACACCCACGACCUUCUUACGCUGCUUCUUACACCCACGAAAAUACAUUGCAAGCUGUCGUUCAAAACAAUUUCGUCCACACAUAACACAGUUUAGCGAUUUCCAUGUCGAGACAGCAUGCAGUAAUAAGCGACACACAUUGAUUCCCGGUACCGCUCAGUGCUGUUGGACACACGAGAAGAGAAGGAAGGCAGCGGUCUACACUGAACUUUAUAAACGGCAGUAAACCCAGCGGCUACAGUCAUGGCGGAGAAAAUCGACAAUUUCCCCCCUCUGCCUGGGUUCAUUCCCCUGAAGCCAUGCUUCUACCAAGACUUCAACGAGAUUCCUGAGCAGCACCGCACCAUGGCCAAGCGCCUGUAUCACCUCUGGAUGUUGAACAGCAUCACUCUGGCAAUGAAUCUGAUUGGCUGCCUGGCAUGGAUGUGUGGCGGAGGAGGAGCUGUCAAUUUCGGAAUGGCUAUUCUGUGGCUCAUCCUCUUCACUCCCUGCUCCUAUGUGUGCUGGUUUAGGCCUAUUUACAAAGCCUUCAAGUCAGACAGUUCCUUUAAUUUCAUGGCCUUUUUCUUCGUUUUCAUGGCUCAGACGGUAAUCAGCAUCAUCCAGGCUGUUGGUAUCCCGGGCUGGGGGGUCUGCGGAUGGAUAGCGACAAUCUCAUUUUUCGGCACUAAUGCUGUCUCUGCAGUGUUCAUGUUGAUCCCAACUAUAAUGUUCACAGCUGUUGCUGUCAUCUCUUUUAUAGCUCUCACUAAGGUGCACAACUUCUACCGCGGCUCCGGGGGCAGCAUGAGCAAGGCCCAGGAUGAGUGGACCACGGGGGCCUGGAAGAACCCACACGUGCAGCAGGCAGCACAGAACGCAGCCAUGGGGGCGGCACAGGGAGCCAUGGUACCACCACCCGGGGAGGCUCAGUACUCCUCCACCCCCAACUACUCCUACGAGAACCAGAUGUAGGCUCUGAAGAGGGAGGGAGGGAGGGAGGGGUGAGAAAGCACAGCACAGGGCAAGCUUGUACAGAGUCUAGACAGAGUCCAGAACCUACCCACAACUAACAAUUUAAU